AUGUCAGCAGCUCGAUUAACUAUACUUGACUGUCUUCUUACUAUUGAGACAAUAGACGCACCAAUGCUCAUUCAAAAUCGCAUCAUAUUCUAUGCUAAACUCUAUUAUUUCGACGGUCGUGGUCGUGCUGAAAUGCCAUUAGGUCAAAUGCCAGUUCUUGAUGUUGAUGGAGCAAAAUUACCUCAAUCAAUGGCGAUUGCUCGUUUUCUUUCAAAAAAAUUUCAACUUGCUGGUAAAGACAAUCUUGAACAAGCUAAAGUCGAUGCAAUUGUGGACACAAGUAUUGAUUUAGCUACGAAAUAUAUACCAAUUCAUAUGCAACAAGAUGGAAGCAAGAAAAAAGAAGAAUUAAAUAAAUUUUUUGCUGAUGAAUUACCAAAGCAUUUGAAAAAUUUAGAAACUCUCGGAAAAUUAUAUAGUAAUGGCGGCCAAUUUUUUGUUGGGAAUUAUUUGACUUUUGCUGAUUUAGAAGUCUAUGAUAUGUUAGGAUAUAUUAUUAAAGUUGAUGACAAUAUUCUUCAACCUUAUCCUUGGUUAGAACGUAAUCGUCAAUUAGUUGAAAAAAAUCCAAAAAUUGCUGAAUAUCUUAACAAUCGAAAAGAAACGCCGUUUUGA